GAUCCGUCGCCUUUGCUUCAUCAAAAUGCAGCCUCAAAAUCCCUCCUUUUCUAAUACCCUAAACCCUAAAUUCUCCCUCCGCUUCUCCAAUUCCCAUCUUCCUCCGGGCUUCAUCUCCUUGAUACCCCCGAAAAGCUGCACCCUUUCUCGUCGGUUUUCCGUGAUUUGUUGCUGUGAAAAUAAUGAUCAUAUUCGGCGGGGAGACGUCCGGGCAUUCGCUGGCCGGAGCAAGAAAAAGGCCGUUGGGCAGUCUCCUGGACUUACUGAGGGGAAUGCGGAGCUGAGGCGUGAGGCGAAGCGUAAUGCGCGGCGGAAGUCGAAAAAGCUGGCGGAAUCCUUCUUCUAUCGGCUGAAAAAUCCUGGGAAAAACCACGCGGACAACUUCACUGAAGAGGAGCUCCAGGCAAUCGGACUUGGGUACGACCGCAUGGUCCGAUUCAUGGAGAAGGAUGACCCCAAUCUCCGCCACCCAUACGACUGGUACAAGUAUGGCGAAUUUGGACCGUAUUCAUGGCGUGGUGUGGUUGUUGGUGACCCAGUUCGUGGGCGAUUCUCGGAUGAUAGAGUCACACUCAUAGAAGAGGUUAAAAGCCAUGAGGAAUGGGAGAAGAUAGAGCAGUUCGAAAUGGCAUCAGAUUUUGGUAAGAGAUUGGAAACCAUGGAUAAAAAUGUUGGUUUUAGAUACUUCUGGGUGUUUGUGAGGCACCCAAAAUGGAGGCUGAGUGAAUUGCCAUGGGAGCAGUGGACUUUGGUGAGUGAAGUGGUGGUUGAGGCUGCAAAAAAGGAGAGGUUGGAUAAAUGGAGCUUGAUGGGUAGAUUGGGGAACAAGGCCAGAGCUUUGAUCACGCAAUGCGCUGCCUGGAUGAGGCCAGAUAUUAUAUACGUGAAGAAGCCUGUGUACCAAUGUAGGUUUGAGCCUCAGGAUGAUUUUUUCAGGGCUUUGAUGCCAUAUCUUGAUCCGAAAACAGAAGAGGAUUUUCUAUUUGAGGUUAAGAAUGAGGAUGGGAGUGUGCAGAUGUGUACUUAUUUUGCUGGCUUGUGUAAAAUUGUCAAGGUGAAUCCAAAGGCAUUUGUGGAUGAUGUGGUGAAGGGAUAUGAGAAAUUGAGUGAGGAGAGGAAGUCAGUGUGUCUGGAGUUUUUGUUGGCAAAUCAUCCCGUGUACCUUUUGCAUCCAUAUACAAAGGAGUGGAAGGCGAAGUUGGAGGAGGAGGAGAUGGGGUGUGAUGCACCAGAUGAUGAUGAGGAUGAACGGGGUAGAAAUUCAAAUGAUGUGCAGUAUACAGAUUGGAUUGAAGAUGAUGGAAAUGAAGAUGAGGAUGAUGGUGAUUACGAUUAUGAAGACAAUGUAGUGGUGGACAUGGAAGGAAGUGGUGAUGAAGAAGAUGAUUCCGGGGAGGAGGAGGAGGAGGAGGAUGAGAAAUACUGGGAAGAGGAAUUUAAGAAGGCAGUGAGUAGCUCAGAAAGAAUGGAAAAUCUGGUAAAAAAGAGUGUUGAGAUAACUUCAGAGUUCUAUAGGAGGCAGUUGGGGACAAGGAAAGAUGAAGUUGGAGAUGAAACAGAGAUGAGGGGUAAAAGGGCAAAAGUUAGUCCAAAAGAGUGGGAGUAUGCCGGGAUUGGUCCAUGGAGAAAAAGGAUUAAGAAGAGCAAAGUUCCUCCCGAGCUAUUUCUGAGAGCAGCAGUUAGGCCAUUUACUUACCGGAAUCUUGUGAAGGAAAUUGUCUUGACAAGGCAUGCAAUUUUUGAGGGUGAGAUUGGUAGGAAAAAGUGAGUUGUUUCUUGUAAUACUCAAUUCGAAGAACUUUUGCCUUGCUUUUGGUGAAAGCAUAUAGGAUUCUUAAAGCUACUUGUAAAACUUUUGCAGAAUAUUUUGUUCAAGAAUUAUAUAUUUCAUAUUUUGUUUCUGUUUUCUCUAAAUUAUUCCUGUUGCCAAUAAAACAGCAAAUCAACU